AGAAGAAAAAGAUUGAAAAAAUGAAGGAAGCUGCUCAAGAAGAAAGAAGAAGAAAAGUCGCCGAAAAUGUCAGGUGCCAAAUGUUUAUAGCACAGAGGGAGGCCAUGAUUGAAGUGGACCAGUUUUUCCGAGAUUUCUUACUGAGCAUAACCAAGAGAAAUCGAUCAAACAUUUAGUAUGUUUUCCAUGUAAGCUUUACUUUUUUUAGUGCAAUAUAUCUGUAAGUAUGAAUGAGUCAGUUACUUUCGCUAAGAAAAACAUUAUAAAUAUAAUCAUCGACGAUUGUCACGACAAAAAUGUUGUUGUCACCAAAGAAUUUGUUCUAUUUUUUGCUAACUUGCAUCAGUUGAAUCCACAUUAUAAUCUGAAUGAAGACAUGAACAAAAAAAUCAGUGUUAUUAUUAGUAAAUUACUGGAGAAAAAUCCAAGUUUGAUAACUUUGAAAAUGCAGUUAAAUUUUGCGCGUUAUUAUUUGAAUAAAAGUGAUGUAAUAAGAAAAUGCCGACAACGACUAGAAAAAAAAUUAUGUCCAUUAAUUAGUGAAAUUUGUAAAAUUUCUCGCGUGACUGCUGACCGAGAUAUCGAGAAAAUUUAUCAAAAAAUUUUAAUCGUCAUUACGAUGAUGAGCGGCCUUGGAAAUACAAUGACACCGCCUGUCUUGAAAGAAGCUGCCAUGGCGUUACAAACUGUUUACUUACCUUCAGAAGUUACCAAUUUUGUAACAUAUUCGCAAAAGGCUAAAAACAAACAACUGAUUGAAUUGAUGAGCAUCGUUGCAGGAAUCAGAUUGUUCAACAAAGAUUGUCAGCGUGGCGGUCAAGGUAUCGAUAAUUUACCAACAAUUCUCCAAGAGUCGCUCGAAAAAUCCCGGAACUCAACGCUUGAACUUCUUGAAAAUUUGAUGAUCAUGGUCUACCGCUUAACGGCAGCGGUGGAUAACAGUCUUCUCAAAUUGUUGGAUAAAAAGAAGAAAUCGGUUUAUUUUGAUGACCAAAAAUUCGAUGAUUUAAAAUUGAUUAUCAGUACACUUACCACGUGUCGGCAGCAGGAAAUUUAUGUCAGAAAAACUUUGUCAGAUUUAGAGAACAUUGAAGACGAGUUUAAAAAUCUGAUGGAACACUUACAGUCCCGAUUGCACAAGUUACACGAUACCGUCAAGUUCCGAACAGCGAUCCCUAUUGUCCAAGUUUAUCCACAAUUUAUGGAUUUGACUUCCAUUUGGAUGCGAUUGCAAGAUGAAGUAAUUGUGUUAAAUAACAUAAAUAAAUUUUUUGAGCAGUUAAACUUGCUGAGUAUUGAGAACAUAAAAAUUUAUGAAGAAAUACGUCUAGAAAAAUUCAUCAAGGAUUCUGAGAUUCUUUCUGACGCCGAAAGACUUGAACGUUCCAUGGGAAAACUCAUAAAUGAAUGCGGAGAUUGUGUAAUUUUAUACCCGAACACCACAAAAAAUUUCCAAGAUAUCCAGCUUGAAUUCCUGGGGUUCUGCGCUUGGACCUUCGUGGUCGGUUUCGGAGCUCUGAUACCCGGAAAUCCCAACAUUGGCAUCGUAAAAUGGCGAACUAGAUACUUUGCUUUUUCUUCUGAUGAAGCUGCGAAGAAAUUCGGAGAAGAUCCAAGCAGAUUCAUGUACGAAGCUUUGGACUUUGUGAGAAAAAACCCGGAGUACAUUCAUCUGUUUCACCUCCAUGAAGACAUCGGAGCUCUAAAUAACCAGGAAAACACGACGCAAGAUUAUAACUUGCAGGUUCAUCAAGAUCAGUGUGUGCAAACGGAUACUCACAUCCUGGAGCCGUAUAUUGAUCCUGAUUAUCAUCAUAGCCUCUGGAAUCAUCGCUACAGUGCAUUAAAAUUAGAUAAUAUUUUAAAAUGUGUGACCAAAAGUACGCAGACAAGUAUCUCAUACUUCAAAAGGUCGGAAAGUAUUCAAGCUUCUGUGCCGAAAAGUACUUCUAGUCAAACAGUUAGAGACAACGAGUGCAAUACAAUGCAUUUCCAAAAACUUAUUGACAAUCUACCUCCAAAAAAUCAACUUAAAGUUAUUAAUUACGCUUCUGAUAGAUUAAAUUUGAUUUUUGUUCAUUGUCUUCGGCCGAAAUUGGUCUCCUAACCUCACUUUUGCCCAUAAAACUCAAAAAAUCCCCUUCCCCCUCAAGGCCAUUUUGGAAUUAAAAGCCCGCGAAAUUCAAAUUGAAAUAAAAGACAAGUAAUAUGAAUUAUAAUUACACAUUUAUUUUUUUAGUAA